CCGAAGGCAGCCGCCUAACCAACUGAGCCACCCAGGCGCCCGGGCUGUAUUCUUUCCAGGCCGGUCUUGUUCUCUGCAUACAUCUUCUGCCCUAACUCUAAAUCUCUGGCUCUACCAUUCACUUCUGGUAUUUGAUAAAGACCGCACGUGAAGUCUUGUAAGUGAUUACCAAACCUGGCUUUUCCACUCUACCAGCCUCAGCAUUGUCCUUCAUGGAGAAGAAACCUCAGCUUGUUAUGUAGGAGCCUUCCAGGUGUUGUUUAAUUUGGAGGAGAUUAGAGGAGGUGACAUCUGGGGUCCACUUGUUAACCUUCUGGCCCGAGGGGAGCAACUCCAGCAUAUUUCCAGUAUGUUCUUAAUCAGUGGACCAAAUACUUUACGGAAUCAUGUCAUGGAAUUUGAACUAGGGUAGAUUUUGCAGGGACAAUUUCCUUAUAUCACAGAUGAGACAACUUAGUCGUGACAGGUUCCCAAAGUUUCUCAUGUGUUAGUGGGAGAGGGGAUUUAUGACCUGGGGCUCCUGACUCCUUACCCAGGGCCGUUUCCCCUGCACCGCGUGCACACUGCUUUUGGAUGUUGUUUCUUUAAUGCAUGCUUGCUUUUUAGUGCUGUUAACAAAGAAAGACACUUUUCUUGUGAAGACUGUAAUGGCAGUGUCAGUGGAGGUUUUGAUGCGUCAACAUCUCAGGGUCCUGCUCAGUGUGCUGUUGGCUUUUUGCACUUCUUUCUGAAGGUCUUUCUGAGGAUUUUUCCCUGGCAGUUCUAGUAGAAUGAGACAGUGGUGGUCAUUCAUUGUUGAUUCGUUGCUCAUUCAGAAACUUGCUAAGAAGCAGUUUACAUGUAUACUCAUUUAAGGCUCACAGUUCUAUGAGAUUGUUUUGUGCCAGAACAACAUCCGUAAUCAGGCCCAUAUGAACAGAGUCGUCACCCACGAGCUCGUUCAUGCGUUUGAUCACUGUCGUGCUCACGUCAACUGGUUCACUGACGUCAGACAUUUGGCCUGCUCAGAAGUUCGAGCUGCUAACCUUAGUGGAGACUGCUCACUUGUAAAUGAAAUAUUCAGGUUGCAUUUUGGAUUGAAACAACAUCAUCAGAACUGUGUACGAGACAGAGCCAUUCUUUCUAUCCUGGCUGUUAGGAAUAUCAGCAAAGAAGUAGCCCAAAAGGCUGUUGAUGAAGUUUUCGAAUCUUGUUUCAAUGACCAUGAACCUUUUGGAAGGAUCCCACAUAACAAGACUUAUGCAAGAUACGCUCAUAGAGACUUUCAAAACCGUGAUCGGUAUUACUCAAAUAUAUGAAGAAAAUGACAUUUUAUAUUAUGGAGCUUCUGUGAUCAUGCAGAAAAUAUGGUUCUUAAGUGGACAAAUAUAUAAAAUGUAAAUGAUCAAUUAAAUACAGAUAAAACACAGAAGAUACUGAUUCUAGCAUAUGAUCAGAAAAAGUAACUGUGGUAAAAGUGAAACUGCCUUUAACUCCAAGGCAAAAAUUGUAACUUUAUAGUUAACCAUUUGGUAAAUAGGGCAAAUAAAUUACAUUUUUGUAUUUUUU